AUGGCGGUGGUCUCCGCCAGCAACUCCACGACGAUCCAGGAGAUGUUCAAGCGUGUGGCCAAGCGAAUCCCGAUCAACAUCAAGGCGUCCGUGAGCGACAUCCCGCUGGAGGACCUCAAGAUUGCGGCCUUCGCCGACGACUCCACGGCGACCCAGGGGAUGUUCGAGAGCGCGGCGGAGUGGAUCGCGAAGAACAUCAAGGCGUCCGUGUGCGACAUCCCGCUGAAGGACCUCGACAUGGCGGUGGCCUUCGCCAGCAACUCCACGACGAUCCAGGAGAUGUUCGAGCUCGUGGCGGACCAGAUCCCGAACAACAUCAAGGCCUCCGAGUACCACGUCCCGCUGAAGGAUAUCAAGAUGGCGGUGGUCUUCGCCAGCAACUUCACGACGAUCCAGAAGGGGUUGAAGCUCGUGGCGGAGUGGGUCCCGGACAACGUCAAGGCGCUCGUGGGCGACGUCCCGCUGAAGGACUUCAAGAUGACGGUGGCCUUCGCCAGCAACUCCGCGGGGGUUCAGGAGAUGUUCGAGAGCACGGCGGAGUGGACCCCGAACAGUAUCAAGGCGUCCUUCGCCGGCAACUCCACGGCGAUCCAGGAGAUGUUCAGGCUCGUGGCGGAGUGGAUCCCGAGCGACAUCGAGGCCCCCCUGUACAGCAUCCCGCUGAAGGACCUCAAGGUAGCGGCCGUCGACGACGACUCCGCGGCGAUCCAGGUGAUGUUCGAGAGCGUGGCAGAGUGGGUCCCGAACAACAUCCAAGCGUCCUUCGCCGGCGACUCCACGACGAUCCAGGAGAUGUUCAAGAGCGUGGCGAAGCGAGUCCCGAACAACAUCAAUGCCUCCCUGUGCGACAUCCCGCUGAAGGACCUCAAGAUGGCAGCCUUGGCCUACGGCUACACGGCGAUCCAGGAGAUGUUCGAGGGCGUGGCGGAGUGGAGCCCGAACAACAUCAAGGCGUCCUUCGCCGGCAACUCCACGACGACCCAGGAGACUUUCAGGCGCGUGGCCUCCCUGUACGACAUCCCGGUGAAGGACCUCAGGAUGGCGGCCUUCGCCGACAACUCCACGGCGAUCCAGGAGAUGCUCGAGCACAUGGUAGAGUGGAUCCUGAUCAACAUCAAGGCCUCCCUGUGCGACAUCCCGCUGGAGGGACUCGAGAUGGCGGCCUUGGCCAACAACUCCACGGCAAUCCACGAGAUGUAUAAGCACGUGGCGGAGUGGAUCUCGAGCAACUCCACUGCGAUCCAGGAGAUGUCCGAGGGGGGGGCAGUGCGAAUCCCGAACAACAUCAAGGCCUCUGCGUGCGACAUCCCGCUGAGGGGACUCAAGAUGGCGGCCGUCACCGGCGAUUCCACGACGACCCAGGAGAUGUUCGAGCGCUAG